AUGUCUGAGUCUAUCGCUACUAGAUUCUUCCGCGGUACUCGAGCUAUCCUCAAGUACCGCAAGGAGCGUGGUAUCCUCGUGAACAACAUCCGCUUCUAUAUCACCUCUCUGCGCCAGAUGCCCGAGGGCAACUACCUUAUUGAGGUCGCCCUCAACAUCCACUCCCUGAAGGUUCAGGCCGACAAGGUGAAGUGGGCUUCACAGGAUCUUGCCACUACCGCCGCCAAUAUGGCCUACGUCACCUCACAGGGUAUCGAGCACUUCGCCCACACUAUCCCCCAGAUCUGCGACGAGGUCGGCCAUGAUACCCGCCAGCUGGCUGAGACCCUCCAGGACCACAUCCACCAGCCCGUUGCCAACACCGAGCACCGUGUCGCACUUGGCCUCGAGCAUGCACUUGCUAACCUUGGUUAUAUCUAG